AUGGUGGCUUUCUCGCAGCCUUUGCGUGCUUCUACCAGCACAAUCAACUUAAUUGACAGCGACAGCGAAGAGGGGAAGAAGUCCAAGAAGAUUGCCGCGGGCGGCGAGGACGUGAAGAAGGCCGACAAAGUCGGUGCGGGCCGCGACAAUGUGAAGAAGUCCAAGAAGAUCGCGGCAGACAAAGCUUUGGAAAUAAAACCUUCCGUGCAUGUGAAGCGGGAGCGACAUGAAGCCCAAAGCAUGGGCAGCAAAGUGCCAAGAGGCCACGCUUUGAUGGACUUGUGGCGACCACACGAAGGAAACGGUCCUUGCCGUGGUCGCAGGGAGUCGCCUUGUGUGUUCGGCAAGUGGUCGACUCCGGCACCGGCUGCUCCAAGCGGCUGUUGCGACCUUUGUGACGUUUCCAUCUUGUCGGCAUUGAAUGCGAACAUGCCGGCGCGCCUGACGCAUGUGCUCAACGGUCUGGACCAAGAAGUUUUGGAAAAAGGGUUCACAUAUGUUCGAGAUGCGCUGGGAUCCAAGGCGGAAGCCGAAUAUCGUGGAAGAGUUCAACGAGCUCGACAUCGCCUAGAUCCUGCACGAGCUCGCCGUGGUCCUCGUCCUCGCAAAGAACGCCCUGAGCAGCCUUCUGAGCAUCUUCUUCGCAUGUGCUGUGGCCGUGACGGGCAGGCCUGUGUCUUUGGACAUGAUCUUCAACCAGUUGAAGCAACGCCGCCAACGGGUUGCGAAUUGUGUGAUCCGGAUCGCAUGAAGUUGCUCUUCCGUGACCACCCUGGGAGAUUGACGGGAUUGCUACGAGUCUUGGAGGAAAGCGCCCUGACACGGGCGUUGAGCUUCAUGGAGGUGACGAUCGGUGAGACGGCCGCGGCCGACUUCAAGAAGCGAGUUGCGCGAGCUCGUCGCCGACGUGACCCAGAGCGACCGAAGAGAAAGGCUCGAGGAUUGUUUGGCGGUGAUGCUCCCGAGGUCGAGGUGCAGACCGCGGCGAAGGAGCGCCGAGUCAAGCUGUAUGGGUACGACUCUGUAGCAUCCCAGAUGCUUGAACCUUAUGGAGAGUCGGCUCUCGACAACAUGAGCUUGGAGCAGUUGUGGAAGGCUACCACGAAGGGGUCCAAGCGGACGGCUUAUCAUAGCCAUCUUGCUGCGCCGCAGGACACUGACCCGUGGAAUGUUGGCGCGGGCAUUAGUAUGACUGCGGCAGCAUUGCUGGCCUCCAUCAAGAACUUCAAGUCCGCAGACAUGAAACGGCUGAUUGUUCCGGAGCUCUAUGAGAAAGUGACGCAGGAAGUUGCUGAGCUGGAGCCGAUGCUCCUUGCUUUGAACUUCGGAAAAGGCUCUUCGAAUCAGGAUGCUGCAGCGGGCUUUCGCGACGCGAAGCGUGCGAAGACAACAUCUGGUGCCAAUGUCAUUGCCUCUGCCGUGAAGCCCAUGGAUCCGGUGAAAGCCGCUGCAAGCUUUCGGACUUGGUUGUUGAAAGAGAAAAGUGCCUUCCGCAGCUUCUUGUUCAUCCUGGAUUUCACUGACGCUGUACAGGCACGCAUGAACAAGCCAGAGGCACGUUCCAGUGGCGAAGCCUGUGAUGCCACAGGAUUGUUUGGCGGUGAUGCUCCCGAGGUCGAGGUGCAGACCGCGGCGAAGGAGCGCCGAGUCAAGCUGUAUGGGUACGACUCUGUAGCAUCCCAGAUGCUUGAACCUUAUGGAGAGUCGGCUCUCGACAACAUGAGCUUGGAGCAGUUGUGGAAGGCUACCACGAAGGGGUCCAAGCGGACGGCUUAUCAUAGCCAUCUUGCUGCGCCGCAGGACACUGACCCGUGGCAUGUUGGCGCGGGCAUUAGUAUGACUGCGGCAGCAUUGCUGGCCUCCAUCAAGAACUUCAAGUCCGCAGACAUGAAACGGCUGAUUGUUCCGGAGCUGUAUGAGAAAGUGACGCAGGAAGUUGCUGAGCUGGAGCCGAUGCUCCUUGCUUUGAACUUCGGAAAAGGCUCUUCGAAUCAGGAUGCUGCAGCGGGCUUUCGCGACGCGAAGCGUGCGAAGACAACAUCUGGUGCCAAUGUCAUUGCCUCUGCCGUGAAGCCCAUGGAUCCGGUGAAAGCCGCUGCAAGCUUUCGGACUUGGUUGUUGAAAGAGAAAAGUGCCUUCCGCAGCUUCUUGUUCAUCCUGGCUGGCAGCAACUCCUACUACACGGGCCACGCAGCAGAACUUGUUGCACGAGCGGCAGUUAAAUUUAAGCCGAUGUCAGAACAGGAUUUCACUGACGCUGUACAGGCACGCAUGAACAAGCCAGAGGCACGUUCCAGUGGCGAAGCCUGUGAUGCCACAGGUCUCUUUGAUGCCUGA